GCGAUGUGACAUGGAAGGAGAGUCGCAAGUCGUCACUCGUUUUGUAGCGCUUAUAAGAUACAGAUGUACCGCUUGUUAGUUGUUAGCGGUCAAUAGCAAGUGUUGAGUGUAUAAAAUCAAUCUAUUGACAAAGAAAUAAAACUUUUAAAACCAUGGGUGGAUAUGCCUGGGUUACAUUAGCUACCAAUGAUGCUUAUUCUUUGGGAGCUUUAGUUUUGGCACAUUCUUUACGUCGAGUUGGUACGAAAUAUGAAUUAGCUGUUUUGAUUACUCCUGGAGUAACGCAGAUAAUGAGGGAAAAACUUUCAGGAAUCUUUUCUGUAGUAAUGGAAGUAAAUGUACUUGAUUCAAAAGAUGAAGCUAAUUUGGCACUUUUAGCUAGACCAGAAUUAGGUAUUACAUUCACCAAACUUCAUUGCUGGAGAUUGACUCAAUAUGAAAAGUGUGUAUUUCUUGAUGCAGAUACACUUGUUGUCAAAAAUUGUGAUGAACUAUUUGAAAGAGAAGAAUUAUCUGCUGCGCCUGAUGUGGGUUGGCCUGAUUGUUUCAAUUCUGGUGUAUUUGUAUAUAGACCAUCUCAACAAACUUUCGCUUCUAUUACUGCAUUUGCUGCUGCUAAAGGUUCAUUUGAUGGUGGUGACCAAGGAUUAUUGAAUAUGUAUUUCAGUGAUUGGGCUAGAAAAGAUAUUUCUAAACAUUUACCAUUUAUUUAUAAUAUGUGUUCUACUGCUACAUACUCUUAUCUACCUGCAUUCAAGCAGUUUGGAGAUGAUGUUAGAAUAAUUCAUUUUAUUGGUAUUACAAAACCAUGGUUACAGUAUUUUGACACAUUAACUGGUGUUGUUCAACCACCAAUGGGUUCUACACACUUGCAACCAUUAUUACAAUUAUGGUGGAACAUAUUUUGUGAAAAAGUCCAUUCUCAAUUAUCACCUGUAAUGGCUGGUCUUGCUGGUGCCUUGGCUCAAAUGACAUUAGGUGAACCGAGAAGCUCUGAACAAAUUGCAUUAGAAGAACAUAUGCGAAAACAAAGUUGGGAACAAGGUCAAAUAGAUUAUAUGGGUCGAGAUAGUUUUGAUAACAUUUGGAAAAAAAUUUGUGAAACUCUUGCUCUUGCACCUCUACGAUUACCAUCUCCUCCUAAAGAAAUACGAAAGUCUGUUAAAACUACAAUUGAUGAAACUGAUGAAUUUAUUAAAUCUGCUGAAACUACUCAAUUUAUUAAAUCUACAGAUGAAGUGGAUAAAAGAACCGCUCAAACAAGCAGUCAUACUGAAGAACAAUCUCUAGUUAAUAAUGUUCCUACCACAAAUGUACCUAAAUUAUUGGAAGAUCAAAAGAAUGAAGAUGAUAGUUCGAGAGAAUCACAAAAUGAUACAUUUAUAGAUUCUCCUGCAAAUCUUUCUCUACAAACAUCUCAUGAAGAAAUAACAAAACAUAAUACAAUUGAAUUAUUAAAUAAAAUUUCACAACAGAUUAGUAUACCUAUAGUAUCAUCUGAUUUAAAUCAAUCUUGUACAAUUGGAGAACAGAAAAUAAUAAUUUCAACAAAAGAACUAGAAAACAAAUUACAGAAUAAAGAUUUUAAAAUUACUAUAGAUAUUCAUCAAAUGAAUCAACUAGAUAUUAAAGAUGAAAAAUAUGCAAAAGAAUUAUUAACUUCAUCUGAAAUUUUAACAGUUAGCCCUGUUCCAAUUCAAGUUGCAGAAUCUGUGUUAGAUUCUCAAAUAAUAUCGCAAGAAGAUCUUUCUUCUACAAUGACAUCAGUUCAUUUAACAGAAACAGAAAAUAAAAUGCAUAUUAAUGAUUCAAAACUUUCAAUAGAAAAUAAAGAGAAAUUAAAUUUAGAUAAUAUCACAAAUAUAAAAAGUAUUGAUGCUAUCAAUAAAUUAAAUAAAUUGUCAAUAAAACCAAAAGAAACUUCACAAAUCUCAUUGAUAGUAGAACAAAUUCAACCUCAAUUUGUAGAAAUUGAACCUACAUUAUCUUCAAAUAGUUUUGAAAUACCAGAAAAAUUAAUGCAAAAACAAACAGAACAACAAAGAAAAAGUGAAUAUUGUAUAAAAGAAACAAUAAAAUUAAAUGAAGUAGGAUCAGAAUAUGAAACAAAUAAAAUAUUAAACAAAUCUCCAGUUAGACCUUUAAGAAUAAAAGAAUUAAAUUCUUCAUCUUCAACAAGUAUUAAAGAAACUGCACAAUGUGAUUCAAUAAGUCAAAAAAAAUUAAUAAAAAAGAUAAUAAAAAAAUCUACAGAAAAAUCAGGGGAACUUGUAGAAGCAAAUGAUGGUGAUACUAAAAAAAAAGUAACAAAAAAGAUAGUAAAAAAGAUUACAAAGAAAAAAUUAAAAUCAGAAGAAGGACUAGAUGAUAAUACAGUAGAUAGCAGUUCUUUUAAUAAACAAAAAAAGACUUUAAAAGUUGUUAAAAAAGGUAUAAAAUCGUCACAACAAAUUUUUACUGAUACUACUACUUCUGAAAUUCCAACAUCUAGUACUUCUGAUUUAGUUCCAGUUCCACCUAAAAGAAAAGUGAAAACUAUAGCUUCAAAAUUGGUUAUUAAAAAAUCAGAUAUAGAAUAGUAAUUA